AUGCGGUUACUCAACGAGAUCGUUGAAGAGGCUCGACGGGAUUGGAUUCCGCCGGCCCAGGAUGAGUUUGUGGUAACUCAGGAAACAGGUUUCAAAGUUCGGAUGGUCGAAUUGGAACAUCGGAUCGUGAGUGAUCUCAGUGAGAUGCUUGGAAAAGAUGGGCCAGGGUCGGUGAACUUACUGAAAGGAUCUCAGGUGAGUGGGCUUAAUAGCCUGAACAACGACCAGAUGGCAAAUUGGUGGCUCAUUGAUUCUGGUGCUUCGGUAACAGUGAUUGCCAAGAAGUUUCUUGAUUCCUUCACAGUGGUGUCGAGGAUGCCUUUGUGUCCGAAUGAGAGGUACUCAGCUGCAAAUGAUACGCCUGUGACGGUGUUUGAAAGGGUGAGAGUGAGAGUAAAGAUGCCUCUGUAUGAGGGGGAUUCGUAUAUUGGGAUGGUCCCGGUGACAGUGACUGGAGUUGUAGCUGAUGUUGGUCACAACAUCUUAAGCACGGAGCACAUGGUGGCUACCGGCUGGGAGGUGAAGUUUUCGAAAGCGGAGAUUUCGCUUCGACGAGUGAAAGGAGGAUUGGUUGGAUACGGACAGUCCUGGGCUGGAUGUCCGUGGAUGUAUCUGCAAGGUGCAGAAGCGUCAACCAAGAAGGUGACCUUUGGAAGGACUCACGUGAAGAUGGAUGUAGAUGAAGAGGGUUCUUCAAGUCCCAUGGAAGUUGGGAACCUGUCAGCUAUGACUGUGAAGAUGAAAGAGGACCAGCCCAAUGCACCCAACAUGAAGAUUCUGGUGAUGACAGAGAUGUCAACAAGGAUGGUUGGUU